AUGCCAACUUCGAAAUUGUCAGUCAACGAUGGUGCCCACACCUACCACACCUCCAUGAACUCGUCCCACCACCAAUCGGCCAUGCCCUUCGCGUACAACGUCUCCGACGUUGGCAAUACCCGCCCUUCCUCCUCCAUGUACUACCCCUCCUCCUCCCUCCAGCGAGGCUCGAGCACGGGGUCCCUCCGAGAUCUUCGCCAACAGCAUUAUGACCGGCCGUCCUCCCACCAAGACUGGAAACCCGACCCCGAGCUUCAUCGUGAUAGCUCUACCAGCUACUUCGGCUCAGCGUCUGAGGACGCUGUGUCGCCUUUGCAAACCAGCUUCGGCGGAGGCAUAGUCAACUCGGGCUCCGGCCUGCCUUAUUCUCCUAUCAGCGAGAAUUUCUAUGGCCCGUCUCCUCCAGGGACAGGGACAUCUUCGUCGUCAGCCCCUCUCACCACCGAUCCUGCUUUCCCUCAUUCCUUCCCCAAACUCUCAAUGCCUCAACGCAGCGUCAGUGGACCUAUGCCAUCUGAAGUCGAUCGCAAGAAUUAUUCGUUCAUUGCGCUUCCCGGGAACGCGGUUAAGAAGCGCCCUCGACGCCGCUACGACGAAAUCGAACGCCUCUACCAAUGUUCAUGGCCCGACUGCACCAAGGCAUACGGCACCCUCAAUCACCUCAACGCGCAUGUUACGAUGCAAAAGCAUGGCCCCAAGCGCAGUCCAAGUGAGUUCAAAGAGCUUCGGAAGAAGUGGCGAGCCGCAAAGAAAGAGGCAGAGAGCCAGAUGGCGAUGAGUCUCCGUCGCAGUAGUUUCAGCAGUCAUCACGAAGACUUUGACUACGGAUCUCGCUUCGCCUUCUCUCAUUCUUCCCAACGGAGUCACUCAUUUCACCAAUCUGGAGUCGAAUUUCCCUCCUCCCUCGGCGCAACCCAGUCUAUGGGACACUCCAUGCAUCCCAUCUCCUAUUCGUCACAUCACAGGGAUGACCAGGCUGGAAUGGACCAUGAUCCCCUAUGA